ACCAAUCAAAGCCCAAUGCCACAAAACCGCCUGAAAAUUCAAAACAACGAUCUGAUAAACGAAAAUUCUAAUGCACAUUAUCGUCAAAUAAGUAGCCUCCAGAGACUUAGCAUUCCGUGUACACCAAAUUACAUUAGAGGUAUAUUUCAAUCAAGGAAGAAAAUACAAGAAGGAUAUAUUAAAAUGAGUAAUUUAGACCCAUUUACUCAGAAGCUGUUGGAGCGUACUCAGGCAAGAAAAGAAGCAGCUCAAAAUAAAAGACAAGGCUAUCUUGUGUCAUAUUCUCAAAGUCCUUUAAAACCAGUCCGUGCACCACUUGUUGAAAAGAAUGAACACAACUUGUCACCAGAAAAAACAAGAAUUAACAAACGUCAUUCAUCAGAGGGGCUUCACGAAACUAGUUUUGAGAAAAAGCUGAAAACAAACACCAAUGAUGUAACAAACGAUGAAGAGCUGUUUUCUAAGAAACAAAAUACGAAAAAUGCUUUUGUUAUUCCGAGUAAUGCUGGAAGAACACCUAAAAAGCUAACCUGUGGCUCCCUUGCUAGUCGUUUGGCUAGCUUGAGAGAUGAUUACAAUGAAAAGGUUCAGCUUGAUUUAGAAGAGCAACGAAGACACAAUGAAGCUAUAACCUGUCAAGAAGAAAGAAAGCAAGAACAUUUGCGCAUGCAAGAGGAAGAACGUGCAAGAAGAAUUCAAGAAAAAAUAUUUGGUAAAAGUCGUCUGACACAGGCUGUCCAAAAUGAAGCAAAAUCUCAAUCAAGAUCUUAUCAAGAAGUUACUUCAAGACCUCCUCUGAGAAACACAUCUUCGUCCAACAAUGAAGAAGAAACUCAACAUACAGUGAGGACUAGGUUUUUUGAACAACCUCGAACAACUACAGAUGCAGUUACAUUAGAGAAGCAAAAACAAAUUGAAGAAAGGACAAAAAGAAUUAUUAAGGAUAGAAAAAGUGGUGUAGAAGAGGCAAAAAGAGAUUCGGCCUCUGUCAAUGACAAAAUGUCUAUUUUUGAAAAGAAAAUGAAAGAAGAGCGUGAGGCAAGAGAGAAAGAAAUUGAAGCAGAGAAUCGUCUACGUCAAAAAUUUCCUCGAAACCCAGUUGUUCUUGAUGUAGCGGUGACUGCCAUGUGUGUUGAAAAGGUGGAUAAGAUUCCUGAAAAGUUGUCACAAUCGUUAGAAGAAGAGGAUAUAGAGAUGGACCCAAUGAUGCAGGACCUAAAAUCUCCUUGCCCAGGAAAAGGAGAGACCGGUAUGUUAAAGCAUGUACGGUCAUAUUCUAAAAAUCAUGAUGAUUUACCGGAGCUAUUAAGUAAGGAUAAGCACAAUGUGGUAACUCACACACCUAAAAAAGAAGAAAGAAAGGCUGCAACCCCUAAGAAAAUGAGGAAAAAAGCUGCUACACCUAGAAAGGAAGCAAUAAGAAGCGAAACUCCAAAAAAAGAAGAAAGAAGUAAGAACUAUACUGGUGAUCUAAAUUCACCUCAACCUGUAGACUGUACUGAAGACACUGAGUUAACUGAGUCUAAAGCAUUUGACAUUUCUGAGAUUUUAAAGGUUGCAGAAAGGGAGAAGCUGGGCUCCCCAACCAAAACACCUAUUCGCAGCUCUACAAUGAAAGCCCAAUGGGCGACAACGCCAGUAGUUCAACCACUUCUUGAUAUUGAUGUUACGCCUGUUCGAGUUGACGAAGAUGAAGAUGAUGAGCCGUCUCAAUUUGCAAAACAAAUUCGUAACAGAAAAGAAGACAUGAAAGCCAUGCACCAAUCUAAAGAGAAAGCCAUCAAAAUAGAGGCGAAAAAGGAAAGACCCCAAAAGCCACCAAGGAUAUCGCAUUUUCAAACAGACUUUCCUCCUACCUAUCAGGAGUACAUUGCAUCUAAGGAAGGCAAGAACAUCAUCGACGACGAUUACAUUGUCAAUAAACCAGAUGUUGCUAAACCAGUCGAAAUUACAUCACGAAAGAAAUUGCGUAGAUCUGUAAGCUUCUCCGAAGGACAAAGUCCAGCUACGACAGUUCAAUCCGGUUACAAUAAACAGCGUAGUUCCAAAUAUGAUGCCUGCUCUUCUUUCGAUAAACCAGAUAUUGUGUAUUCCAAGAGGGAUCAAAUACAGAACUUGCUUGAAGAAGCAGCCAACCAACAAAAUAUCGUAUUGCAAACGUCCCAAGCUUUGAAUGUUGCUGAAAGUUGUAACGAAGACAAACGCGGGUCACCCGAGGUUAUUGAAGGCGAAAGACUUCUAUUGCUAGCUACUGAGAAGCGAACCGCAUGUUUGGAAGAAGUGCGUGUAUUAAAAGAAACUGAUUCUGUUCAAUUUUUAAAUGAGUUAGACACCAGCCCACCCUGCAAAGCAACUUUGGCUUUAACAGAAAUCAAACUACCCUUACACCAUGACUUUGUUACUGCGCUUCGUGGAGGUCGCAUGGAUCUGGGGAUUUUUCAUUUUGUUAUCAUUGUUUCGUGCGGGAGUAGAAACGUGUUUUCAACUAAAGUUGUUUCCAGUUAUGAUGAAAUGGAGAGCUACUCAUUACUUUUGAAUAGCAACUUGUUUAUGAGAAAUAUUCCACACGACUUCACUUUGUCUGUCAAAGUGUUUGGAUUGCACACAAAGAAAGGAAAUGAUCCACAUUUAAAAGUGAAAAGAACCUAUACGACCGGUCAAUCUCCUGGCAACUUAAAGCAUUUGUUUUCAAAGAAAAAAGAGGAGGAAUACUCGAGCAGUGCAUCUCCACAAACAGUAUUCCGCACUAGCAGUUUUAAGUUAAUUGGAGAGACGAAAAUUAACUUAGCGCUUUUGGGAAAUGGCAGCAAGCACGUGUUAAAUAACGUUCCAAGCAACUGUCCUAUUGAAGGUUUUGUGCAGUUGCGCGUAGGAUGUAAGCCGGAGUUUACAGCAACAGCUAGUGGCUUCUUAACUGUUCUUGAAGAUGUUGGAGGCUACACAGCAUGGAAUCGACGCUGGUGUAAUAUGAAAGACAACAAGAUAUUGUAUUGGAGAUAUCCAGAUGAUGAGGAAACUAAGGAACCUCUUGGCUGUAUCGACCUCAGGUUUUGCACUGACCAAGUUGUCAAGGUACUGGCACGUGACAAAUGCGCUCGACCGCACACAUUCGAGUUGAACACAAAGAGAACGACACAAGCUGGUGAUGAAGCAAACCUCGUAACGACGGUAGAAGGGAAAGUGACAAUAAAAAAACACUGGGUAUGUGCUGAUAAUAAAGAUGAUCGAGUGACGUGGAUGGAAGCAGUAAACAAACAGUUAAGUGAUUCCAGGGCAUGGCUUUUAAAGAACGCUACUAAGAAGAGCUCCAAACCAACUGACAUACUUAGCAGUGACUUAGGCAGAGCUGUUGCUGUGUGAGUUAUGUGCAUCGACUAGAACGUUAUGUAAAAGUAUGCUUAACUAAAUUGUUAAAGACACGUAUCUUUUCGGGUUUUUUUGCCGUGGUUCAAGCAGACAAAUCUGGUUUUCGAUAAGCGACGCUACACUGCAGUUUGUUAAAAAAAUUGUAUUUAAUUAUUUUUUAUACCAUAUUUUAACCUAUUUCACCUUUUGGGAGGGAGAUGAUACUGGUGCUUCUAUCGGCUUUAUCUCGAAAUUUCAAGUUUAAGACAGUUGUUGAGGAAUUACUUCUGAGUUGAAAGAAAAUUAGUUUCGUGUACUCGCGUAUCAUUUUCGAGUUUAUUUACCUACUUUGAGGUGCGCGUGUGGAACUGGUGGAGAUCUCGUGCUUAAAACAGUGUCUUUAAAUGCGGUUCUUUUUUCGGUAAUCUAUUGUGGGUGUAAACCAAUUUUACAAUUUUCUUGGGACUGUUCAUAUGGGAAAUAUUUUUUCAGGAAGUUUUUAUGAUAUUAUUUUUCCAUGUGAUAACUGUCUGUUUAUUAUUGUAUCAAGACCGACGAAUUGACAUGAAUUUAUAACGCUUACUUAAUUUUUUUAAGUAGUUUGUUAACAAGCCAAGAUCUCUACUUGGAAUUAUCCUGAGACAUUUUCUCGGUUCCUGAAGAAAUAAUUCCCAUAUGUUAAUGCUUUGGGAAUGCACUGACAUUAAUAAUUAUCACAUCUUGACAUUACGUGACUUGGAUGUGCAGAUAUUCUAAAUUUCUUUACUUUGUGUACAUAUAUUUGCUAAAAUAAAGUUUGUUUUAUA